AUGUCAUGCUUUGCGCCAGCAACUGCGGGUCCGCGACCGGCAGGGGUGCCGUGGAGUCCUGCGAGUGUGCAGGUGCCGUAUCCAAACGGCAAUGCCCCUUGGCAGCCGAUGCCAAGGGCGCCUUACGCAGGUGUCGCACCAUGCGCCCAGCAGGCCGAGGGCAACUUUCAAGCGGAGGUAGCACGGCGCAAGGCUGCUGAAUCACGGGUACAGGAACUCGAGGCGCUUGUGGCUCGCCUGCAAAGUCGCGUUGCGGUCCUUGAAGGCAAGGCACCCAAAGGCGGGCCUCGUCGUUCCGCUCCUGUGCGAAAGCAAGACGCUGACGCACAGGUGUAUGAGGAUGACGAGGAGGAAGAUUCGAUAGACACUGCCAUUCGAACGUACCUGGAGCACAAUCCUGAUUUUCCUGUGUCCAUCCAGAAGGUUGCGCCAAAUUACUAUGUGUUUGGAGACCGCGGCACGGUCUACAUUCAGCAGAGAGGUGAACAUGUCGUUGUUCGAGUUGGUGGCGGCUACAAGUCGCUGCAGGCAUGCCAAAGUCUUUGUGUGUCUGAAGAUAUCACCAGCUUCCUAGUUGUGGCAGUAGUGGUUGCCACGCUAAUUUUUUCAGCAAUCUGGGCAAUUUUGCAGCCGCGGGGUGUUGGAGCGCAGAUCUGUGCUUGCAGCUUCGUUCUGUCGCUGGUUUGCACCCAGCUCCUCAUGAAGAAUCUGGGGUCGGGAGCCCUGAAUUUUAGGUAUCCAGCAAGCGUCACAAGCCUGCACUUCCUCUUUAUUUGGCUGACAAGCUGGCUUUUCUGGGCCAGCCGCAAGCAGUUUGAGAAGUGCAGGCCAAGCUCGAUGGGCUCAGCACGACGCUAUGCCAAGUAUGUCCUCCCGAUUGCAGCCAGCUUGCCGAUGUCAAUUGCUCUGAACAACACCUCCCUCCUUUACAUGGGAGCUGGUCUUGUGGGCAUCAUUGGCACACUGGCGCCGAUUAUCACUGCCGUGAUGACCCAUUGCCUUGGCCGUCGGAUUAAUCGGACGGGCUGGAUAGGGAUAGGUGUUGCAAGCGUGGGCGCAACCUGCAUUGGGGCCGGAGAAAUUAAGGAUCAAGGAGGGGAGAUGAACUCAGUAGCCCUAGGCCUUAUCUUUUGCACAGCGUCGGUAUUCCUGAGGGCUGCCAAGGCAGUUCUACAAGAUCAGCUCCUCGAGCCUUCCGCAUACAAGUUACAAGACAGAGAUCUUGAAAGCCAGCAGAUCAAGCUUGCGGAAUCACACGAAGCACGCUCAGAAGUGUGGGAAACGCUUCACACUGGCCGGAGACGCACAGCUUCACCAACCUCCGGCUUGUCUCCAAUGCACGUUUGGGCACUGCAGGCACCUCCUUGCACUCUGUGGGCAAUGACUUAUGCCUUUGUUACCGAGAGCCCUUCGCAAGCCAUUGCAGAGACAACUCCGGAGGUUGGUCGAAUGAUUCUCUUGACUUGCAUUACGGCCACUGUUCUGAAUGUCUUGGGCAUGGAGGUUCUGCUUGGGACGUGCUUCGUGCUGGCCGGUGUGGCCAUCUUUGAGCAGAGAGGUGCUCGUGCUGACAGACUAGGGAGUCGGGUGAUGUUUUGUUCAGGCAUACGGGAACUCUCUGCAUAG